UCAUCUUUCGUCAGCAAUUUGAUUCAACCAAGUACUUACUUAAUCAGUCGACCAGUCUCGUGUCUCGUUUUGCCUGUCAUAAUAUAACUAUAUAGCGUGUAUAAUAUCAUCGAUUUAGCAGUGCAUUUGUGUAUAUAUAAGUACGAAGAUCUGCCGCAGUAGGAAACAGUGCGGGCAAUGGCAAUAAUGAUGGGCAGUGAGCAAGGGGGUUAGGGGGCUCCUGGUCCAUGUAAAAGUGCACACGUAUAUACAAUACAUAUAGAAAGAAAGUACAGUAGGUUAUAGGUAGGUAGAACAUGUGUGUAGACUGUAGGACUAAACUGACUAAAGGCAGGCGAAAAAGAGAAGAGAACGUUGAAUGAGUGUCAGCAGGCUGCAGCGGGAAACCAAAAACGGUGACGCCCGAGAAGCUGAGAAGUCAACAAUUACGACGACGACGACGAGGACGUCAACAACAACAACAACAACGACGAAGAGAAGAAAUAGUUUGACAACUACCCAACAGCUCGCUGCUGUAUGCCUAUAUUUAUAAUACCUGGAGGUUACAUGCAUCAUCAACACAGCGAUAGCAGUUGAAAAUUACAAAAAACCAAAGAUGGUUUGAGGGAGCGUCUGAGCGCGUAUUCAUUACGCGCACGACUUGCUGUACAUCAUGACCGUCGACUUUGCUGAUUGCUUCUGGGGUGAUAAGAACAAUGGAUUCUUCGUACUAUAUAGUAACAUGAAACAUGGAGUUGUGGCUAGUAAGGAGUUGGCAGAUUUUCUUAGAGAACGCUCAGUUAUUGAGGAGAACAAUUAUAAGCUGCUCAGUAAAGUUGCCAAGCAAGCCAGUAACAGUAACAGUACUCAGGGAACAUUUGCACCAGUUUGGGCUGCACUACGAGGAGCAGCUGAAAAAUUGGCUGGUUUGCAUUUGCAGUUGGCCCAAAAAGUAUCAGAACUGAUAAAAGACGUAUCCAAAUAUUCUGAUGAACUUCACAAAAAGCACAAAGCUGUAAAGGAAGAGGAAUCUUCAACGUUAGAAGUUGUUCAGAGUAUACAGAGUAUUACUAUUAUUCUUCAAAAAUCCAAGGAUACAUGGAUGCAAAGAGGAUCCGAAUUGGAAAAAUUAAAAAAAGAUAAUGCAAGCCAAAAGGAAUUGGAAAAAGCUGAAAUGAAAUUUAAAAAGGCCCAAGAUGAGUAUAAAACAUUGGUAGAAAAGUAUACCGUAAUACGAAAUGACUUUGAAACAAAAAUGACUCAGGCUUGUAAGAGAUUUCAAGAUGUAGAAGAGUCGCACUUGAGAAAUAUGAAGGAAUUUUUAAAUACUUAUGCCGAUGUUCUACAGUCGAAUCAUGAGCAAGUUGGAAAAAUACAUAUAGAUUUUAAGAGACAAUGCUUAGAUAUGACGGUAGAUAAAUUGUUGGAGCAGUUUGUUCAAAGUAAAUACACAGGGUUUGAAAAGCCAGCUGUAGCAGAGUAUGAUGAGUCUUUGGCGAACUUACAAGAGUUGGUAAGCCAAUCGAGUCAAGAAAAAAACAGCGACGUUCCAAAAGAGUCAUCAAAGGGCGCGAAUGGCGAGACUGGUGUAGCGGGUAACUCUCAGCUGACUUUGAAAAAAAGUCAAGGGGUUAAGCGGGAGGGUUUUCUAACUGUCAGGGACAAAUCAAAAUUACAUGAUAAGGAUAAGGAGAACCAGAGCGAGAGAAAUAAUGAGUGUGUUCAGGCUCAGCAAACUAAAACCUCACGUCGUACCACUUCGUUGCUCAACCUUUUCAUGUCCAACUCCCAGGAGAGGCAAAAGCAAGCAGGCUCUGGCUCGGCUCCUGUCACUCCUCAGGGAAAUUUGUCUCCUGACGUUCCGACUCCCAGCAUCUCCAGGAACCCUCUCAGAGGAUCUAAAUUGGUUACGAAUUUCGUAAUACCGCCGUUGUACACUCUUGUAGAAAAUCAACGGUUCCUAAGAAGCAGGCGAGAGAAGCGCAAAGAAAAGAAAGCAAAGAAAAAAAAAGAUUCCGUGGAAACGGCCAGCAACAAGGAAGACAAGUCCGAUCUAGAAGAGAAAGAUCAGGAUAGCCGAAAGUCAGGGACACCAACUCCAGAAGUUGACGAGGAUGGUUACUGUAUCAAGCCCAAGUCUGAUCCUUGGGAGAACGAGAAGGGAUUCUACUCGAGUUCGGACACAGACUCGGAUGACGAGAGAGAUCGCAAAAUCAGAGUUGAAAUCAAGCCUUUAAGUAAUGGUAGUGCGCCGAUGAGUGCGAGCGUCGACGAGCUCCGUGCGACCGUAGGGAAUCUUUCACUCUCCCCGGCUCCUACGGGAAGACGAGGCUCAAGCACCGAUUCAGACCCUAAUAUGAAGCGUUCGCAGUCAGUUUCUCAGCAGUUGAGCGUCAAACCUAGCUCGGACCUACUCAAUUUUUUCAAUCCAAGCAGUACACCGUCGAGUGCCUCGACGCCCACGGGUAGUCAUCCCUAUGCUCCUUUGCAAAGUCCGCCCGCAAUAUCCUCGUCGCCCAUCCCUACGAUGCCACCUCCGCCACAGUCUGCACCACCCAAAUUUCCAGAAGGUGAUCUAUUCUCCGAACUGAACGACGCGACUCCGGCUCUACCUCCUAAACAGUCAACGACCUCGAUGAGCUCGAUCGCGAUACCUCGGCCACCUUCACGACGAGGUGACACGAUACGUGGAAGAAUGUCACCGGCGACCAUAUCGCGGGCGGACAGCGUAGCCAGUCUAGAGUUUCGUACUGCCGGUGUAGGCGUGGGCUCGUCUAGAGGCCCAUCGCCGCUAACUAUAGGUCUUGCCGAUACAAUACCCCUGGCUGUAGCCUUUCAUGAAAUAAUCCACUCGUACUUCAGAGGCAGUGACGAGGCCCGCUGCCAGAUAAAGCUUCUCGGUGAUAUGAUGCUGUCCUUCCCUGCUGGCAUAGUUGCUGUACUGGCCAACAAUCCCAACCCAGCAAAACUCACCUUUCGGCUGAAAAAUAGUAAUAGACUUGAAAAAUUGGUCCCCAACAGUCAACUGAUUAGCAUGGAUGUGACUCAAGCGACAGCUGACAGUACAUUUUUUGAAUUUAACAUGAGUGCCUUAACUGCAUUGCUGCGACGACAAGCUGAACAAAAUCCGGCCGCUUCCUAUUUUAACGUGGAUAUUCUUAAGUAUCAGAUCAAGGGAAAAGAGGGUGCUAGUUCUUGCCCCUUCCAGCUGGUCGCUUACUGGAAGUGUAACGUUACUCACACUGAUCUUAAGGUCGAUUAUAAAUAUAAUAGUCGAGCUAUGGCGAUUCCAGCACCAUUACUGAACAUACAGGUGUCAGUACCGAUUGACGGUGGCUUCAAAACCGUUCAAAGUAAACCCAAUGCACAGUGGUUGCCCGACACAAAUCGGCUGAUUUGGAAGUUCACCGAAUUAUCGCAGCACACAGAAGGAGCAGGUGUUGGAUCGCUUAAAGCUCGAGUGGAACUGUCUCGAGGUCCUGGUAACCAGCAGACUAUUUUUACGUCAUUCAAUUGCGAGGGAACAACCUUGUCUGGAGUUGAGUUUGAUUUGGCCGGCCCUGGGUAUCGAGUUAGUUUGAUAAAAAAAAGAUUCGUUUCUGGAAAAUAUUUAUGUGAUGGAGACGUCGAUUUACGAACUCGUUAUGCAGCGCCACCAUCAAAUGUUGAAUAAAUUUCCGUAGACUUUGUACAUAAUUUUUUCAUAUUAAAGAAAAAAUUAUUUUAUUACUAUAAAAAAAUUCAUAAUAAGCUUUGUCAUUUCUUUUUAAAAACUUUCUAAAACGUUAUGUGAUACUCUAAGCGAGUAUAAUUAAGUGUUAAAUUCUUUUUUACACUCUAAAUAUUAUGAGGACAUCCUGUUCCGACAUAGUGUCGCUAGAUUAAUUAUCAAAUUUGUGACUGAAAUUAUAAAGGUCAUUCUUAAAGGAUCUUGGAAUUCAUUUGUAAAAAUGUAUAUUAUGCAGAAUAAUUAGUUUUUGACAUUCGUUACAAAAAAAUGAAAAUUAGCAAAUUUUUUUAAAUCUGUACAUCAUGUUUAUAUAAACUUAAAGUGCCUGUCAAUAAUAUUUUAUCUUUAGUGCAAAAUUAAUUAAAAUAAAUACAAACGUUUAA